GCCAGCUGUCACACUCACCACAUUUUUCUUCUGAAAAUCAGCCAGAAGGAAAUUCGUCUCCAGAGGACGUCUAGAAACGAAGUUUGGUAACCAUGACGACGCACCUGCUCCUGUGUCUUCUCUUACUCGGAGGUCACAGGUCAUUGGCGUGCCCCGACCCUUGCUCCUGUCAGGGUGGUCGGGUGGAAUGCAGUGGCAGGUCUCUCACUUCCGGGUCCAUGCCCUCCAGUUUCCCUAUCGGAACCACCGAGCUGCGUCUCCAUGACAACCUGCUGAGCACCCUCCCCAACGGGCUGCUGGACGACCUGACGUCCCUGCGCUCCGUCUCCCUCCACGGCAACCCCUGGAUAUGUGACUGCGGCAUCCUCUACCUGCGAGCCUGGCUGAGACGUCAGACCACAGACGACGCGUCCUACCUGGGGGUGAACUGCAGUUCUCCUCCCAGCCUGAGGGGGCGCUCUGUGGUGUAUCUGACCGAGGAGGAGGUGCUGGAGUCCUGCCACUACUGGUACUGCAACCUGGCCCUGGCCUCUCUGGGCUCCCUGGUGGUGUUUGUGGCGGUGCAGGCGGCUCUGCUGGUGGCUCUCGUCGUUUUCCUGAAGAGGUUCGAAAGGGUGACAAAGGAGGCCAAGCAGACCACGGAGGAGAGCUUCACGGCCGGGGAUGGACUCAGAGAAAACGAUUAUGAGCGUUUAAAGGACAGCAGCAUCUGAGAUGAAGCCUUUAACCCUCUUUUGAUCAUAUAACUGGACUGCUUUGUAUUUGUAUCUAAUAGCUAUAAACUGUCAAAAAAUCUGCACUGAGUCUGUAUUUUUGCUCCUUUUUCUAGAAACAAUCUCAGUUUUCUACGACAGCUUUCUUAGGGUCAAGAUAG